AUGAUCUCAAGCUUAUUCUUCUUGAAUUACCACGGCGAGGUUAUCAUUGAGAAGCAGUUUCGCGAGAAGCUGCCGCGCACCAUCCUUGAAGACUUCUGGACGACGUGUAUUCUGCCACUUCGCUCUGUGGAGGAGGCCCCCGCGGUGACGCCCUACAGCCGCUUUGCCUUUGUGCAAAUUCGCCGCAACGAUGUGCUCCUCUUGGCGAUUGUGACAAGCGAGGGGUUUCCGCUGCUUGUCAUUGAAAUUCUCUCCCUGAUUGCGGGGGUGAUACAGGAGUACCUUAAGGUUUUCUCCGAAAAUACACUCCGCGAGAACUUUUCUGUGGUCUAUCAGCUCUUGGAGGAGCUUAUUGACAAUGGCUAUCCUCUGACAACAGAGAUGCACGUCCUGGAGGAGUUAGUCAUGCCACCGACGCUAGAGAACAAGUUUCGGACCGUCUUGGACGCCCCGGCGAAGGUACGGCGUCGUCAUUUGGGGGUGCGCUCUGUCCCUUGGCGGGAUCCUAUGACGAGGCACACCUCCAAUGAGAUUUUCUUCGACGUGGUGGAGAAGCUGGACUGCAUAGUUGACUGCGAAGGGAAUCUCCUGCAUGCUGUGGUGCGUGGGGCUGUGAACAUUAACUGUCGCUUAAGUGGGAUGCCUGACGUUGUCGUCCGCAUGGCAAACAUGGACUUCGUCGAUGAUGUUGCCUUUCAUCGAUGUGUCCGUCGACACCGGUAUGAGGCGGAUCGUGUCAUUAGUUUUGUUCCCCCCGAUGGAAAAUCUGCGCUUCUCGAGUAUCUCUGCAAGCCACUUCAUAAUGCGCAGGCCCCUUUCUACGUGACUCCACAAGUUACGUUUGACAAAUCAGGCGGCCGUUUUAACUGCGUGGUGGGGAUUCGUGGCGGGGGUCUCACACUGAAAAGCAGGGAUUACGGAAUUCACAGGGUUGUCGUCCAUCUUCCGCUCCCUCCCCAAACGGAGUCGGUGCAGGUGCAUAGUAGCACGCAGGGGACCACAAGCUUUUCCAGACCCCGAGGCAUUUUAUCAUGGAACGUUGGGACGCUUAGCCGUGGGACUAGUUCAUUGAGCGGCGAAUUCACCUUUGCAAUAGAAAAGGGAAAGGAGGGGGUGGUCGCAUUCACAGGUGAUGCCGCCGUGGUUGAGUUUAGUAUCCCAAACCAUCUUUUGAGCCCUAUCCGUGUGGAUAGUGUUCAGGUGUUGAACGAGAUAGGAAAGCCGUACAAGGGCGUCAAGUACGUCACAUUAGCGGGACGCUUUGUGGUGCGCACGGUGUAG